UCUGAGAGAGAAAAAAGAAAGCCAGAGAGAAAAGAGCGUGUUUGUUAUCAUUUCAAUGGAGUAUUAUUUGGAAUUGCUGAGUUUUCUUAUUCCUGAAGGCUUAACCAUGUAUACUGUUCUACCGAAAGGGCGUUGCCUCUUCGCCUCCAGAGAUUUCAUUCCAGGAGAAGUGAUUAUGAAGGAGGAGCCUUAUGUGUGUGUACCAACAAGCUCUGAUCCCCUAUGUCAGCGAUGCUUUAAAUCCGGCGAUGCCCUUCUGAAGUGUGCAUCCUGUAACAUCGCUUGGUACUGUGGCGCAGAAUGCCAGAGGCUUGAUUGGAAGUUGCAUAAGCUUGAAUGUCGUGCCAUCUCAAGGCUUGAAAAGAAGUGGCAAGAGCUUGUUACACGUACACCUGAGAUACGCCUGAUGGUAAAACUCUUCAUUCGGAGACAGUUACAGCGUGAUAACGUCAUCCCUACUACUCCUAUAGACAACUUCAACUUGGUGGAGGCAAUGAUAGAUCACCAAUCUAAUAUGGAGUCGGAGAAAUUGGACGAAUAUCAGAUUAUGGCUCAAAUCGUCAACCAUAUGCUUCAGCAGCCUGAGCUUGAUCUAGACGAGGCAAUAAACAACUUUUGCAAGCUUUCAUGCAAUGCACAUACCAUUGUUGACAUUGCAAUGGGGCCACUGGGAAUUGGACUGUAUCCUGUUAUGUCUCUUAUUAACCACAGCUGCUUGCCCAAUGCUAUUUUGGUUUUUGAGGGAAAACUUGCUGUACUUCGUGCUCUGGCGCCUGUGGACAAAGGUGAUGAGGUAUUGAUCAGUUACAUAGACCUUGGUCGAACCACCAGGCAUCGACAGGACGAUCUUAAUGCAAAAUACCAUUUUACUUGCACAUGUCCCCGCUGCAGUAAGUUUGCAGAAAUCGAUGAUCAAAUUUUGGAUGCUCUGCGAUGCAAGGAGGGCGAAUGUGAUGGUUUCUUCGUUAAUAAAGACAGAUCUUACAGUCGUGACCAGAACCUUGAAUGCAACAAAUGUGGACUCGUCAAGACUUCGGAAGCGGAAAGAAGUGCAAAGGGGGUAAUAGAUCCACUGUGUGACAAGGGGAAAUCGGAGUUUUUUUCUGGCAAUUUUCAGGAAGCUGUAUCUACUUUUAAGACGGCAGAGGAAGCAGCCCUGGAUCUUUUCCAUCCUUCUUCAUUCAGCGUGAUGCUUGUCAGAAAUUUACUUACAAAGCUCUAUACGCAGAUAGGAGAUACACGAGCAGCGCUGGAAUGUUGUAGAUUGAUGACACCAGUACAUGAAAGACUAUUACAAACGCUUAACCCUGUUCGUGGAAUGCACUACUUGACACGAGGGAUGCUUGAAUGGGUUGAAGGGAACAAAGGGGAUGGUCGCAAUUAUAUGGCCAGGGCAGGAGAUAUACUGCUAAUUACUCAUGGGACAAAUUUCCCUUUGGUGAAAGAACUCUUGAUCAACUUGGCCAAGGACCAAGCGGGGUUGGCCAAGAAACAAGAGGGAGGUCCUAGUGGUUCUUGA